AUGGCACAGCUAGCUACCUUCAAGCCUCCCACGGUUCAGAACGAGCCAAACAAUCACUAUGCCAAAGGCUCUCCAGACAGGGAGAAGCUUGCCUGUGCUCUGGAAGCGUUCAAGAAGAGAGCUCCCCUCGAGGUUCCCGUCAUGAUCGGUGGAAAGGCCAUCACCACUUCUCCGAUACAGACGCAGCAGAACCCUUCUGACCAUGCCGUCAGCGUUGCCAAGUAUCAUACUGCUACCGAUGAAGACAUCAAAGCUGCAAUUGACAAUGCAUUGGAAGCUAAGAAGGCGUGGGAGGCCAUGCCCUUCUCGGACAGGGCUUCCAUCUUCUUGAAGGCUGCCGAUCUAGUCAGCACCAAGUACCGGUAUGAGCUGAUGGCAGCCACCAUGCUGGGUCAGGGGAAGAAUGCCUGGCAGGCAGAGAUCGAUGCUGCUGCUGAGCUGUGUGACUUUUUAAGGUUCAAUGUUCACUACGCGUCAGAACUAUAUGCUCAGCAACCGGUACACAAUGCACCAGGGGUCUGGAACCGUGUGGAAUACCGGCCUCUCGAGGGUUUCGUCUAUGCCGUCUCCCCAUUCAACUUCAGCGCUAUUGGGGGCAACCUUCCCGCCGCCCCAGCCCUAAUGGGCAACGUCGUGCUCUGGAAACCAUCCCCCUACGCCAUUGCCUCCAACUACCUCAUCUACAACAUCCUAACCGAAGCCGGCCUCCCCGCUGGCGUCAUCCAAUUCGUCCCCGGAGACGCAGAGAAAAUCACCAGCCUUGUCCUGGACAACAAACACUUCUCCUCCCUCCACUUCACAGGCAGCACUGCCGUCUUCCGCUCUCUCUACGGCAAAAUAGCCCAGGGCGUAGCAGACGGUAAAUACCGCAGCUAUCCACGCAUCGUAGGCGAGACAGGAGGCAAGAACUUCCACCUCCUCCACCCCAGCGCCGAUAUAGAUAAUGCUGCCCUCCACACUAUUCGCGGUGCAUUUGAAUUCCAAGGCCAAAAGUGCAGCGCUUGUUCGCGCGCCUACGUCCCGCAGUCAAAGUGGGAUGCAUUCCGAACCAAGCUGGUCGAAGAGACGGAGAAGCUGAAGAUCGGACCCCCCGAAGACUUCACUAAUUUCAUCGGCCCCGUCAUCCACGAGGCUUCAUUCAAGAAGCUGGCUAAAGUCAUCGAUGAUGCGAAGAAUGAUAAAGACCUCACGCUCCUGGCGGGCGGUAAAUAUGAUUCUUCAAAGGGCUACUUUAUUCAUCCGACGAUAUAUUCUACGACUAACCCUGAACACCACCUGUUGAACACGGAGCUGUUUGGACCAGUGCUGGUUAUCCUCGUGUAUCCUGAUGACGCAGAUGAUGCGUUUGAAAAGAUCUGCAGCACUAUCGAUAACACCGGCAGCUAUGGCUUGACGGGCGCCGUGUUCUCGCAGGACCGUAAGGCAGUGAAUUACGCGGAAAAUGCCCUCAGAGGCACUGCUGGAAACUUUUACAUCAAUUGUAAGUGUACUGGGGCUGUUGUCGGACAGCAGCCGUUUGGAGGUGCGAGGGCAUCAGGGACGAAUGACAAGGCGGGCAGUGCGGCCUUGAUGGGCAGGUUUGUGAGUAUGAGAUCCAUCAAGGAGGAAUUUGUCCCUGUGGAGCGCGUGCUUUAUCCAAGUAACGAGUAG